CCUCUCUUUCUCCCACCGGCGCGGGGCAUGACGGGAGAGCUACACCCAACAUGGCAGCUGAGAGGAGAGGAGGAGGAAGAAGAGGGGGCCAACCGGGCCUGAGAGAGGAGAGGAACGACUGUCACUGGGGAUCUCUGUGACCAGACGCCGAUCAUCCUCCAACAUCACUCCCUGUCCCAGCCAACUGCCCCGCCCCCCCCCGGGUCUGACAGCCUCCUCCCACCUGAGGGUGUCGCCUCAUUCCUGGACACGCCCCCUGUAGCUCCCGGGCUGCAGGCAUGUCAUUGAAUCCCCCAAGACGGGCGACACCGACACCACCCGCCACCUCGCCCGGCACGUCAUCCGCCACCCAGGACCGCAGGAGGAGGAGACUCCGAAGGUGAGAGAUGGAAGAUGAAGGCAAGAAGGGCAAAAAGCAGCCUGGAAUCGUGUCUCCAUUUAAACGAGUCUUUCUGAAGGGGGAGAAGGGGCGGGACAAGAAGGCCCAGGAGAAGGUGACGGAGAGGAGGCCGCUGCAUACGGUGUCGCCAUCACCGGCUGAGCACCGCGUGGACCCGGAUGUGCUGCUGAACGAUUAUAUAGAGAAAGAGGUCAAGUAUUUGGGGCAGUUGACCUCCAUCCCCGGACACCUCAACCCCUCCAGCCGGACAGAAAUCCUGCAGCUUCUAGACAAUGCAAAGAGAUUGCAUCACCUCCCGGCACAGCUCACCCAGGAGCACGACGCUCUCAUCAGCCUGUCCGCCUACAACGUGAAGGUGGUAUGGAGGGACAGAGAGGACAUCAUUCUCAGGGUUCCCAUUCACGACAUUGCGGCCGUCUCCUACAUUCGAGACGAUUGUCUACACUUGGUGCUUCUCAAAACCGCGCCGGAUCCCGGAAUCUCUCCCAAUCAGAGUCUGUCUGCCGAGAGCGCCAAAGUUCUGACGUCCGGGUCCUUGUCGGAGUGCGGGAGCGGCCCCGUGGAGUCCUGCUGUCUGGUUAUUCUGGCCACAGAGAACAAGGCCGCAGCGGAGGAGCUGUGUACUCUCCUGGGACAGGUCUUCCAGAUCGUCUACACCGAAUCCACCAUGGACUUCUUGGACCGCGCCAUUUUCGAUGGAGCGUCCACACCCACCCGCCAUCUGUCCUUACACAGCGACGAUUCUUCCAGCAAGGUGGAGGUGAAGGAAUCCUAUGAGCUGGAGGCCGGAGUUUUCUCUUUCCAGGAUUCUCCUGACGGCGACGGGAAUUCUCCUCAUAACAAGACGGCCAGCGAGAGCGAGCUGAGCACUUCAGCGGCAGAGCUGCUCCAUGAUUACAUGAUGACUCUGAGGACCAAGCUGUCCUCGGAGGAGAUCCGGCAGUUCGCGAUGCUUCUCCACGAGUACCGCAACGGAGCCUCCAUCCACGAGUUCUGCAUCAAUCUCCGACAGCUGUACGGCGACAGCCGCAAGUUCCUGCUUCUGGGUCUCCGGCCGUUUAUACCCGAGAAGGACAGUCAGCAUUUCGAGAACUUCCUGGAAACGAUCGGCGUGAAGGACGGACGCGGCAUAAUCACAGACAGCUUUGGCAGGUACAGACGGACUAUGAGCACCGCCUCCAACUCCACCACCAAUGGCAACGGUGCGGCGGAAGGCUCAGACGACCAGUCCGCGCCCUCGGAAGGAGACGAAUGGGACCGCAUGAUUUCAGACAUAAGUAAUGACAUAGAGGCUCUGGGAUGUAGCAUGGACCAGGAUCCGCUCCAAGGAUCUGCAGCUUCCUGACUCCCGAGUCAACCCUUUACGAUGCCCUCACAGUAACUGCCAGCAGGGGGGGCCCUAUAACCAAAAGCCUCAUCUGGCCUUUACAUUUCUACAGCUUCCACCACAGUGGGAGUUUAGCCCAGCAUGGAACUCUGGGGGAAAAAAUAUUCUGCUAAGUGCAGCGGACCGUUCCCUGCUGCACCACCCCUGUUACCAGAAAGGUUUUAGCGCCCAAGUUUUGUUGGGUCUUGCGUGUAUGAGACGGACGACGUUUGUAACCUGAAGUGCUUUUGUUACAUUUGACAAACCCUCGGCGUUGAAGUUAUCCCCGGGCGGGUUUGUACAUUGAAGUGACACUUUUUUCCUGUUUGCACAUGAACUUAUUUUGUUACACUUGAGACUAUAUUACUUUUUUUUUUUUUUUGGGAUUUUCGUUUUUAUAUAUAGAAGUUAUUGCUGGGUAAAAUAAGAGACGUCAACAUUUUUUUAAAAGUCAACGUUUACCACAAUGUGAAUCGCUCAAGAGGAGAGGACCGUCAGCAGAAGAUGGUAAAGAAGGAGCGAAAAGUUUUACUUCAAUGCUGGUUGUUGUGCGCGUGUGUUUUUGUUAUCCCUUCAAUGUGUGCGUGACUACGUGCUCGCCGGAGGUGCCUGGCAUGUGUGCUCGGGCGGAAAGACAAGUCAAGCAGUGCUCUGCAAAAAUAAAAAAUGCUGGCAACGCUCCUGGAGAAGGCUGCUCAGCUUCCUGAAGAAGGUUGCUCGGCUUCCUGAAGAAGGUUUGCUCAGCUUCCUGAAGAAGGUUGCUCGGCUUCCUGAAGAAGGUUGCACGGCUUCCUGAAGAAGGUUGCUCGGCUUCCUGAAGAAGGUUUGCUCAGCUUCCUGAAGAAGGUUGCUCAGCUUCCUGAAGAAGGUUGCUCGGCUUCCUGAAGAAGGUUGCACGGCUUCCUGAAGAAGGCUGCAUGGCUUCCUGAAGGAGGCUGCUCGGCUUCCUGAAGGAGGCUGCUCGGCUUCCUGAAGGAGGCUGCUCGGCUUCCUGAAGGAGGCUGCUCGGCUUCCUGAAGGAGGCUGCUCGGCUUCCUGAAGGAGGCUGCUCGGCUUCCUGAAGGAGGCUGCUCGGCUUCCUGAAGGAGGCUGCUCGGCUUCCUGAAGGAGGCUGCUCGGCUUCCUGAAGGAGGCUGCUCGGCUUCCUGAAGGAGGCUGCUCGGCUUCCUGAAGGAGGUUGCUCGGCUUCCUGAAGAAGGUUGAUAAUAAAAAAUAAGUAUACUCACCACCUGAAGAAGGCAGCUUGGCUCAGGCUUCCUGAAGAAGGCAGCUUGGCUCAGGCUUCCUGAAGAAGGCAGCUUGGCUCAGGCUUCCUGAAGAAGGCAGCUUGGCUCAGGCUUCCUGAAGAAGGCAGCUUGGCUCAGGCUUCCUGAAGAAGGCAGCCUGGCUCAGGCUUCCUGAAGAAGGCAGCUUGGCCCAGCCCUCCUGGAGAAGGUUGCUCAGCCCAGCCCUCCUGGAGAAGGUUGCUCAGCCCAGCCCUCCUGGAGAAGGUUGCCCAGCCCUCCUGGAGAAGGUUGCUCAGCCCAGCCCUCCUGGAGAAGGUUGCUCAGCCCAGCCCUCCUGGAGAAGGUUGCCCAGCCUCCUGGAGAAGGUUGCUCAGCCCAGCCCUCCUGGAGAAGGUUGCUCAGCCCAGCCCUCCUGGAGAAGGUUGCUCAGCCCAGCCCUCCUGGAGAAGGUUGCUCAGCCCAGCCCUCCUGGAGAAGGUUGCUCAGCCCAGCCCUCCUGGAGAAGGUUGCUCAGCCCAGCCCAGCCCUCCUGGAGAAGGUUGCUUUGCCCAGCCUCCUGGAGAAGGUUGCUCAGCCCAGCCCUCCUGGAGAAGGUUGCUCAGCCCAGCCCAGCCCUCCUGGAGAAGGUUGCUUUGCCCAGCCUCCUGGAGAAGGUUGCUCAGCCCAGCCCUCCUGGAGAAGGUUGCUCAGCCCAGCCCUCCUGGAGAAGGCAGCUCUUUACCGUCUCAUUCUGCCCAAAUCCUUGUGACCAAUUUAAUCUGUUGUCUAGAGUAAUGCCACCAAGUUUAACAAUUGGCUACAUUGGAGCUGUGUGCAGUUUAAAGCCCAACACUUUUUAUUGACAAUGAAAAAUAUCUAUUACCUGACUGGGACCAACAUUUCCAUGCCAUUAUCAAAGAAGUCUUACCAGUUCAACUUGUAUUCGUGUCUUCUGUUCCCCAGUGGGGACAGUACACGUGGUACAUGUCAUUUGUUCCAUCCUCUAAGCCUAGCUAUGAGGUCGGCCAAGGAUACCUCUCUUCCCACCAUGACAUUCCGACAACCCAACUAGCAAGGAGUCCUGUUCCUGCCGUUUUGUCAUAGCAGCCGUCUCCUUGCUGGCUGUGUUUUCGGAAAUCCAUGUACUUUGUCCCCCUGGGGUAGAGAACACCUCCAAUAAAAAUGGUAAUUUGGUUCAAUUCCAGAAAGCUUUAUGCAGAUGCACAAUCGCUUUGGUGACAUUAGUCUAAAUGAAGGCGCUGUGAAUUUCGCAGCUGGUAGCGCGGUUACCGGAGCUGCCUGGCGAGGGCGCAGUUUGAUUUGGAUCGUCCGUUUUUGUUACACGCUUUUAUACAAAGUCAUGUUUACAAGAAACAACCAAACCUUUUAUUUGGUCGGGUUACAAAGUGGCGGAUUUCUGAUUCCACUCGUCCGCCUUUCCCAAGUUUACCGCCAGCGUGCCAAAGCCGGUCGCGUUGUGCGCACCGAGAGGGCGUUUUCAGUGUUUUUAUUCAGUUGGUCGUAGCAGUUUUUCUGUUAGAAUGUUACUUGUGGUGUAUGUGUGUUUUGUUUUUAUUUUUUUAUUUUAUUUUUUGUUUUUUAUAUUUAAAUGAUUGGCAGAAUACCGGCGUGUUUUUAGAUUUUUUUCCUUUUCUGUAUCUGAAAUUUUAGUCGUGAUUUUGUUGAACUCCAGGACCCCUCACCAUUUACAGUGCUCUCUAUCCCCCCCCCCCUCCCGCCCCAUUUCAUGGGCUCCAUUUAUACCAUAUGAUGUAAAAUUGGGGAUUUAAUUUACCUGUGACAUCAUUAAAGAAGUCUCACC